ACAGCUCCUACUGCCACGGAUCCGGUGAUGUUUUUUUGGUAGACAUGAACAGCAUGCAGCUAGUCCAAACACUGCAUGGACACAAUGCGCCUGUUACAUGUGUCCAGUGGAAACCACCACCGGCGUCUUAUUUGCAACAUGGGUUGUUUCUUAUCACUGGAGAUCGUGGAGGGGCCGUUGCCAUUUGGGAUGUGGCUGAGGGAGUGGUUCUGAAUAGCAUCCAGGUACCGAAUAGCCAGCCCAUACAUGCCUUUUCUUACUUGGCAAAGCAACACCUAUUGGUUGUGACAAGAGACGGCUCGAAUUUUGUGUACGAUUCACAUCUUGUGGGUAAAGAACCAUUUGGUGAGUUUGAAUUCCCUGUUCGAACUGAGCCUACAGACUCCUUUGUUCCGCUGCGUGUGUGUACGUCCAAACUUAGCUCCACACAGGCUUCUUGUUUUGUGCUUGGUGAUCGUCUGCGUGUGAUUGGUUCCUUGGAAACGGCACCGGGUAAAAGCGGUGUCGGUCUGCAGAUGAAGGAUUUGGUUUACGACAGCGAAGACGGCCAUGAAACAGUCUUGGAUGCCACUUUUAGUGAGGCUCAUGAAGAUGUUUUGUAUUUUGCAACACGAAAUUCCGUUGGAGCCUACGACUGGAAAACGGGUUUGCUUCUUAAUGAACAGGUACUGUGGCACACGAAGAGUGAUGUGGAAUUUAGGCGUCUUUUCUCCUCUUCGCCUAGUUCAUGGACUGAGGGCUAUCAAGAGCUCCCUUUUUUGUAUUCUUUUGGGACCGAUCAGAGACUCUGCGCCUGGUACAACUCCCAGAAGGAAAAAGUAACAACUGUAUCUGCCGACGUGAGAGGUGCGAGAAUUGUCUCCAAGACGGUUUCAAAUGUGGUUCAGUCUCGAACGACGGCCAAUCUUUUUGCUGUUAUUUUUGCCGAUGGCUCCGUGGCACGGUGGCGAUAUUUGGUGGAACGCCGGCGUUGGUCACUGGAAGGUUUUUUUUCCUUUGCGCUUCUUAAGCCUACCCGACUCUGCGUGGUGGGAGACCAAUAUCGUUUGCUGCGCGCUGGAAAAUGGCCACA